AAUAUUUGUGUAUGUAUUCUAGCCUUGUAUAAUGUCGCGGAUGUCAUAUUUGGACACAGUAGGCAGGGACAAGUACAAAUUUAGAAACACCUAAAUGAUGCUCCAUUAAUUCGCCGAAUAACUAAAACUGAAACAAAUCGCUCUAUGUUUUCAUUAGAUACAAAUUAUUCCUUACAGAGAAUGUAAGGCAUUUUGCGGUGCGCUUUAGAGUAUCAAGGGGCUUCCGACUCUUAACACAGGGCAGGAGUACUACACAGUUAACGACUGUUGGUCGUAACAAGAUACAGCAUUAAGGCAUCUUUCUAACAGCAGCCCAAAAGCCUGCUUUGGGGAAUAAGUCGAUUUAACUGCCAGAGAUGUUGUUACCAGAGGUUGUUCAAGGAAAGCUGCAGUCUGGAGAGAUGGAUCAUGAGCAGCGUGAGCAGCUCUCUGACCUGGUGGAAGAGCUGACCACCUCUGGGGAACCUCAGCUGAACCCAGCUAAGAUGAAGGAGGUGAAGAAAAUAUGCAAGUCUUCCGAUGAAUACAUCGAUCAUGUUUACCACCUGAUCAUGACACAGCUCAGCCAGCAACACGCGGAGAUCCGUCUCUCUGCUUUCCAGAUUGCCAGUGAGCUCUUCACCCGUUCACACCACUUCAGGACACUACUCGUUAACAACUUCCAGCAGUUUCUGGAGCUGACUGUAGAAACAGACCCCUCAGACCAGCCCCUGCCUCCUCCUAAGGAAGUAGCCCAGAAGCUCAAGACUAUGGCCAUCAAGGCAGUGCAGGAAUGGCAGAGCAGUUAUGGAGAAGCCUACAAAAAACUUGCUCUGGGAUACCACUUCCUUAAGCAGGUCAAAAAGGUGGAUUUUCAGGAUGUGCAAGCCAGAACACUUGCAGAGAGGAAAAGGGAAGAAGAAAGACAGAGGAGACUAGAACGGAUUUAUAAUGAAAAAGUCAAAAGGGCUGAAAGGGAAAUGCAAGAGGCCUUCUCAGAAAUCCAGGACUGUUUGACCGAGAUGGAGAACUGUCUUAAGCUCCUGAUACCAGAGCCUUUUGACUUCAGCAUUGCUGACCCGCAAGGUGCCAACCCAGAACCAGGAGCCAGUGACACAGCAGGACCGUCUUUGCUCUUUUGUCAAGCAGUGCACUCUGGGAAGGAAUCCCCUACCAUUGAUGACGAGCAGCCAUGCUGCAGCAAAGGCCUGCAGUCUUUGUCUGAAGGGAGUGUGGGCCAGGAGAAUGGGACAAGAGCAAGUGUGCAGGAGAAGGAAGAUGACAGCGAAGAAGACUCAGAUAUGGAGUCUGUCUCGGACCAAGAAAUGUUCAUUCGAAACACGGGCAUCAUUUCACAUAAGUACAGCUUAUCCCUUGAUAUUUCCACAGAUCUGAAAGUGCAGGAGACUGAGGACAAUGAUGCUGUAAUCAACACCAUAAGGGAUUUACACCGACUCAUCACUACAAAACACCUGCCUGCAGUCUUGUCCUGGGUCCAGGUCUUUACUAAAGCGGGGGUGAAUGACGACCGACUCAAACAAGCGAUAGAUUGGAAGAAAGCCUUGGAGGUGACUCUGAAGAAACACCAAGACAUGCACAUAGACUAUAAGAGGAGAGAUAGGAAAGUACCGAAAGCAGCUGCAGACAGCGAGGAAGAGGAUGAUUUUGAGGAUGUCCCGGAGAAGGAGGGCUACGAGCCACACAUUCCAGACCACCUGCGUGAAGAGUAUGGUCUGGGGCCUGUCUCCUCCUCUGAGCUGACUGCAGUAAAAGCAGGGAAGCCAGCACCACCGGCCACUGUUCGCCCCCAACCACGAGCGAAGAGAAGAGAGAACGAGGAAGAGCAGGACCCCACCUGUGCUGCUGCCACUCUCCGAGUCCUCAAGCAACGACUGCCAACCGCUAAAGCCAGCAGCAUGCCUGAAAGCUCGGAGUCAGCAGCGAGCACACUGGAGCCCCGAGGCGAGACAGGGACAGAGCAGGAGGAGAAAGCAAGAGCCCCUGUAAUGCCAUUCGGCUUGGACCUAUACUACUGGGGCCAGGACCAGCCCACUGCUGGAAAAAUACUCAAGUUCAGCUCCCAGCAUCAAUUCUGGGUGCCCCAUGAGGUGGAAGAAGAAGUGGAGAACGAGGAGUUGUCGGCCUUGAUGAAGUCCAGAUACAUCACCUUUCCUGGGAAGUAUGUGCCAGUCGAGCACAAGUGCCGAGCGCCAAUGCCCAAUGGCACACUUUGUGAACGCCAGGACAGAGUCAAGUGUCCGUUCCAUGGGGUGAUUAUCCCAAGAGACGAGCUGGGCAAUCCCAUCAACCCAGAGGAUGUGGCCCGUCUGGAGAGAGAGAAGAGAAAACAACAGGAAGAGCAGCCAGACUGGCGAGACCCGGAACUGAUGAGAGAGAUUGAAGCAGCCACUGGUGUGGACCUGGGCUCCUCAAAGAGCUUUGGGAAGGGCAAGAAAGGGUCCAAGGGCAAAGGCAAGAAGAAGAAGUAUCCCAAUCUGACUGACCUGAAGCAGAAAUCCAACACAGCUCGCUCUAGGCUACAGAAAAAAGUGUUCAACACACGCUCAGUGAAACGUGUGACAGAAGCAAUGAAUCGAAUCGACAAAAGGAAGCAUGAAAAGUUUUCAAACCAAUUUAACUACGCCUUGAAUUAACAUGCAGCGACAGAAAGAAGAACCUUAUCCACAAUGUUAUGAAGUGGUUGUAGCAGCAUGGGUGGAACUAACAAUGAAUAAUACCGACUCAGGCAGACCUUUUCACUGUGUGUACUCAUAUUUAUACUGUGGUAAUUAAAGUGAUGAACAAUGAAUUGAAUUAUCAUGAAAAAAACACAAUUUAAAAUUACAAAGUUCAUUUUUGUUGUAUUUAAUAGAAAAUGUGCAUUAUUUAUUCAUUUUUAAUGUGGAUAUUGUUAAUAUUUUUGUAAGAGUUUGUCUUGGGUAUAAAAUGUAAGUAGACUGUUGUGUUCUUUGGGUUGCUUUUGCUUUAUAUAUAACUAACAAAUUAAUACAUGUUUUAGUAAGUGCAUUUUUAAGGUACCAAUUAAAUUAUAUAUUUAUUAGAAGGCAUGUUUAUAUUGUUGUAAUACCUUUAUUGUGGUAGAUAGUAAAUGUCUCCCCUUUGACUGUUCUGUGUUGAACUACACAUUAUCCAUAAUGUUCUGGCACAACGCUGUUUGAACCUGUGAGGACAUUGGAUGGCAGCCCUUUUGUACGAUGCCCAUGCUAUGGGUUUAGAAUGAUACAAUAAAUGUUUUUUUUAAAUCUC